UGAAAAUGGAGUUCGAUUAAAGCAGAUGUCCACCAACUUCUGAGGGGGAAAUUUAAACUAUUUUUUUCCUCUCGCUUCUAACUAGCAUUUGUGCAGGAACCCCGUUUAGGGACGCGACUACUCUCUUCAUCCCUGUCUUGCAUUCCCCUCCAGGCGUCGUGGUUGCCUUUAAGCGGACAUUACUCGGACACGUUGGCGGAGCGAGGCUGGCUUUCUAACAAGGCGCUGUUUCAAGUGUCGUCCCGGAGCGCUCUCAAGUUGGCGAAUGGAUGCUCGACAGUCAGCCACGACUAAUACGCAGCCGAACGUGACGGGCUUCAACACUUUCUGCGUUUUUUGAGGAUAUAUCCACAAGCAGCCGGGGCUAUUUUUAUUUAUUUUUUCUCACUAAAAAAACGGAGCUUGCUUGGAAAGAAGAUGGCCAGUUUUGUGCCUUGGUCGGAUUUUACUUCCAAGGAGAAGAAGGCGAAAUUGUCAUUCUUCCUCCUCGCGAUUUAACGGCUAACGCUAGCUCCAUUUCUUUCCUUUUUUGCUCGCUUUUUUUUUUUCCCACCGCGGGGGUCCGUUUUUACGCUUUUUACUGAGCACCCCACCCUGAAUAAACACCAAACUCAAAGACUGUUGUACGCAUGUGGAGGAAAAUGGUGAAUAUUGUGCUAUUUUAUCCCGCCGUCACAGCGCCGUCGAUGCUAGUGCUAGGACUCGGAUCUCCGUGAGGAAGAAAAUGAGUGAAGAGUCAACAAAUCCAAACAACGAUGACAGUUAUGCGCGUGUGAGAGCAGUGGUCAUGACGCGGGAUGAUUCCAGUGGAGGGUGGCUUCCCCUAGGCGGUGGCGGCCUCAGCUGUGUUACCGUCUACAAGGUCAGCCAGGCGGAGGACAGCGGCAGCGCCCACAGUGGCGGAACCCGGGGCAGCACCGGCAACCUUAGCCCUUGUAGCCCCAGUCCGACACCCAGCCCAAGUCCCAGUCCCAGUCCCACGGCGGUGGAGUUUUACAUAAAGGGGGAGCGGCUCAAAGACAAGCUGGUUGUACUGGAAUGUGUCCUGCAGGAGGGCCUCGUGUACAACAAGGUCAACCCAAUCUUCCACCACUGGAGAAUUAAUGACAAAAAGUUCGGGCUGACCUUCCAGAGCCCUGCCGACGCUCGCGCCUUCGAUCGGGGCAUACGCAGGGCCAUUGAAGACAUCGGCAAAGGCUGUAAACCAUUUGGCGAAGGGGAUACUCAGGAGGACGGACUACCAGCUUGCGAGGAGCCUCCUUCUAUCUGUACACCCAUGAAGGAGCCCUUCUCCCCUCUGAACAAUGUGGUUUCAACUGAGCCCUUCAGAGGCUGCUACGUACGUGCUCAGCCCUUCGACGAGUUCUCCUCCAGCAACCGACGCUACCUGCCGCCACAGGUGUCAUUCAAGUCAACACGCCAUGUCAGCUUUCACAUGGACGAAGAGGAGAUCGUCCGCAUCAACCCGCGCAAGGACGUGCUCAUUCGUGGCUACGAGGACUACCGCCACCCGGUCAUGUGGAAACAGGACGCAGAGCGAGAGGACCUGGACUUCCCGCCAGCCUUCCACAAACCAGACAGUAAGAAGUGCGAGUACCUCUUCCCCGACGGCCCCGGUAUGGACCCCCACUCGGGCUCCGGCAUGCGCACGGGCAUGGGCCUCGGCCUUGGCAAGGACACGGCCAUCAAGACUCAGCCCUCGCCGCUGCUCAAGUCCAAGAAGGGGAGACGGCGGCGGGAGGACGGAGAGCGCUCGCGCUGCAUCUAUUGUCGGGAGAUGUUCAACCAUGAGGACAACUGGCGGGGGCAGUGCCAAGACGCCCCCGACCCCAUUAAGCAGUGCAUCUACAAAGUCAGCUGCAUGCUGUGCGCCGAGAGUAUGCUCUACCACUGCAUGUCCGACUCUGAGGGCGACUUCUCGGACCCGUGCUCUUGCGACACGUCCGACGAGCAGUUCUGCCUGCGCUGGCUCGCCCUGGUGGCGCUCUCCUUCAUCGCGCCCUGCAUGUGCUGCUACCUGCCCCUGCGUGCCUGCCACCACUGUGGCGAGGCGUGCCGCUGCUGCGGGGGCAAGCACAAGGCAGCCGGGUGACCCCGCGCCACCCUUGCGGGACACCCUCAAAGCUAGCUAACACAAGAAGUGGAUCAAAGCAGAUCAAUUCAAUGCCGGCAUCCUUUUUUUCCAAACCCCGCCCACUCUUGGGGACGGGGCGGAGUUGUUGAUCGCCAGCUCUGAGGGCUUUUGGAGAUUUCAGUUUGCGUUUGUUGCCGACGAGCUGAAGCGGAGGACAAACCUGGGCUUUGCGGCGAGCUAAAUCCAGAAGAGGAGUUGAGGACUUUGAGAUUAACAAACUUGGAGAUGUUACUAAACGCACCACACCACACAUUGGCAUACAAAUCGCCGAACUCUACUACAAAAACGUGUAACUUUAUGAAGGAAACUUGUCUUUUUGUACAGGGACAACAACAAAACAACUAUUCAGAAAAAUAAUUUGCUGUUUGAGUAUGCUAAAAGGGAUUCAUACUGUACGUGCUUAUGCUUAUUUUGUGUGACGUUGCAGUUGAGUAACAGUGGCCUUUCCUUCCCCUCAUGACAGUGUAAUUAGUAGUCAGAAAAAAAAAGCGUGCACUAGACAUGACGUCACCCCUUACCCUAUUUUCCCUAUUUAGUGUCAUUUAAACAUCAGCGCGGUGCAUACACGGCCACUUCUCAGGCAACAGCCUCACGUUGACCAUUUUGUUUGCAUUCCAAUAUAAAGGGACUCAUUCCAUUUGUUCGAAGGGAAAAUGGUAACUUUAUACCAUGUUGACUUUCCCACAAAACUCCCCACAAAUGUCAUGUAAGAUGACAUCUUUACAAAUAGAAAUCCCACUUAUUUAGUGCUUUUUUUAUGCGUCUUCACUUUCUGAUUCAAAGCUGAAAUUUUGCUCAACCAGCAAGUUUUGUUUCGGUGCGUGAGGGAUGAUGGUGCUCCUAUUUUAUUUCUCUUUACAAAACAACCAGGCACUUAAAAAGAGGCUGCUUCUUCGAUUGAGUUGUCCUUCUCCGAUUAUGAAAUUAGUCCGAAUAAAAGCACUGCACUCAAAAGCUUUUGGUUGCAGCGCCCCUCCACAUUCCAAAAAGUCUUAUGUUUCUCCCUAAAUUACCGGUAUAUUUUUUAUUUUGUUCUCCUUUGUGUCCAUUCUCAUGUCACCAGUCCACUCCUUCAUGUGUCUUCGUUUCAAUAAGCCCCGAAUGAAUGAGCACAUUGUUUCAGGAAUGUUGAGUAUCUCGGCUAAUAAGAACAUACAGUUGGUGUGUCUCCAUGCACACGCGUUUAUGUGCAAAAAGGCCUUCAUAUGCACUGGUUAUGUCCUGACUGACGACUCUUUUGACAAAAACAUGGUAAAUAUAUUUACUUUGGGGAUAUUCCAGGCUUUUCUGUUCGUGUUUAAAACUUUAUUUAAGCGUUUAUUAGCACUGACAUUAGUCUGAACAACAACAAAAAGAUGGUUAAAGAGAUCCACGGAUAGAAAGACUUGUAGUUCUUAAAAGAAAAAUGUUAUUAUGCGUCAAAAUAAUUUGAUAUUGAAACCGUUUUCGUUUUUUUACAAUUUGUAAAAUUAAUUUAACUAGUAAGUCCCCAUUGUUGUUGACGUCACAUGGUUACGCUUUUGAGCUUUCAGAGUAGGACUUUAGCGACACAAACAUUAAGGGUGUAACGGUACAUGUAUUUGUUUUGAACCGUUUCGGUACGUGGUGCUCGUUUCGGAAUGGAAGCGUACCGAACGAGUUUCUGACGUAAUGUAACCCUUACUUUUCGAGGCUGUGAGUCAAUCGGGUUACAGUUUCUUUGUGUAGAUCAUAUUUACUCCGUCUUCUGUACUAUAAUGAGGACCAACACGGUAGGACGGUAUAACCCAGAAACGUCAACGGCGCAACAACGUGGCCGCUGCGAGAACGCAGUGAAAGCGGCUCAGCACGACGCACGCGAAAAGAACGGCGGAGUUUAUUAUUUGACGCGAGACGCGACCCUCCUGCGUCAAUACUACUACCAGUAGCUAGGAUCGGGCAGACCGGAAGUCACUCGUGUAAAAAUACGGUGGAUCCGGUCGAUUUUCAAACUAAUAUGCAAUCGUAACCCACUUUUUGAGUCCAUCAGAUCUCUUGAGUGGUAGAUCGGGGUACAGUUGACUUGUCUUUGUUGAUUUACUGCUGUCUUCUGUGCUAUAAUAAUAACCAACACGGCCCCGUGUUCAAUACAAAACCCUCCUACCACAACAAAACAAGUAGGAACUAAUAUUCACAAAGGAACUAAAGUUAUACAACAUAAAAUAUACAAUAUAAAUGAAUACUACAUAAGAGCUCAUUUAAAUAGAAUAAAUUGAAAUGAGCCGAAACACCUGUAAUUAAAUAAUAAGAAUAAUACACAGAUCCUGCUUUCACAAUUAAGUUGAUUAAUUUCUGUGUGGCGCUUUAACUUGAGAAAACCCACCAAUAAAGCUUUUGAAAACCGUUCAUAAGAAAAAAAAAAAUGAUUCAUUUAGACAUUUCAUUUGUAAAAUACAUAUAAAAUCUUUGUCAUUGGGAUUGCUUUCCUCUUUAGCACAGGACUUCUUUUUUUCUUUCAGAAAGAAAGCUGACCAAUACUCGGCGUCUGAAAGGCAAAUUGUUGUUGGGUUAUCUUUAAAUACCCGCUACUUUUUGAGCAGAAUUCUAGCUUUGUAUGGGCUAAUGUUCCUAUUGUUGAAAGCACAAAGGUGUGUAAUAAACAACUAGCACAUUUAUAUUUUUCAAUUUGUUUUCUUACUGUACCGAAAAUGAACCGAACCGUGACCUCAAAUCCAAGGGUACGUACCGAACCGAGAUAUUUGGGUACCGUUACACCCCUAAUAAACAUGUCAUCUGUUCAACCGUUUUAAUUUGAACCCGAGAGGAAAAUUAACGAGCAGGACAGCACUGUCGACAUUUCACAAAACAAGCAGCAAAAGUAAAAUGAACAGGAAAGACGAGAUGAGACGAGAGUAGGGGGGAAAAAAACGGUGUUCUGCCAAAAUGUGCUACACCGGCAAAACGUCCUACAAGAUACGAAUUUGACACCCAAAACACUACCGUUCGCUUUCAGCUUGUUUUGUUUAGGUGCAUACAGACAAAAUGUCCUAAAGAUGCAUUAAGACGGUGGUCUCCAAACUAUUCCACAAAGGAAUAGUUUGGAUUUUGUUCCACAGGAUUUUGUUCCAACAAAACAAGACGACACCUUUGCACCAAUCUGGUGUUUCACAAUUCAGUUGAUUGCAGCCAGGUGCUGCUUGUUUUAGGAGAAACCUCAUUGGUUAAACUGUCUGAGCUCGAUCGGUAGGAACAAAAACCAGGACCCACAGCGGCCCUUGAUGACUGGUUUGGAGACCCCUGCCUUAAGAAAAUAUUUCAAUGUCGUAAUAUCAAAUAAGGGAUGUUUUCAACAAAAAAAAAAAGAUACAUGACUAAUGUGGUCAACAGAUCGACAAUCUGCUGUAAAGCUACCAUAAGAAAAAAAAAUGCUAAAAGUAAGAGAGAGAAACACAUGGUUAAAGUAUUUUGAGGCAAUAAAAAGGUAAUAAAAGACUCAAUAAAAACAAAUAGUAAGUCCUCACCACUUUUAACCGAUGUGCGCAUGUGUUUGACGUCUCGCCGCGUAAAAAACCAAGGCAAGCAAAGACGGGAUCGAGAGCGUUGUUCUAGUGAAAGUGACAAACUACAUCAUCACCCCGAGCGUCCAUUGCGCUCAUAAAACAUGGCGCCCUCCGUAGAUCGCAACCUGUACUAAAUAUUAAGGAAUUUUAAAUCACUGGCAAUAUUUUUUGUUUCCAAUAAUAUAGUAAAAGAGAACAAUUGUGGCUUAUUAGAGCCUAUAAAUCUUAAGUCCGAGGUUCCUUUUAAAAUACAGGGAAAUUUUCUGUUACUGUUCCUUACCAUGGUUGUUGGUUUCUUAAUGUAGAUUAAAAUACAAGCUAAAGACUCCUGGAAAUGGAGGCUUUAUUUUUCUGCUUUUUAACCAAUCUUCCCCUCAACACAUCGAGUAUGGCCGAAAACAAAUUUCUAUUACGGGGUUCCACAGUUUAAGAAGUUUUAUCUCAGAUUUCCAUAAGUGUAGUCCUCUAUUUUCUUUUGUUGUUUAUCACGAUCCUUUGUUAUUGCUGUAGUAAGAGAAAUCCUAGGCCACGAAUAUAAAACAAAUUUGUCCUCUUAUAUUGCGUCCAAUUAUUACGCUGUUCAGCAAACUAAUUCAUUACAUGAAGUUUGUAACUUCAUAACCUUUAUAUGGACCUCCUUAAACAGGAUCCACUUAUUUCCUGCAUGUUAGAUGACUGGGAAUUUUGACAGUUCCCCCCUUAAUGUGUUGCAAACAGAUUAACGGCAAACGUGACUGACUAAUUACCACCACAAUAAGCUGACGAAGAUAUCUGUGUGAAAGACUCUUUAGAUUGGCUGGUAAAGUUCCCAGAUUUCACGAUCACAAAGUAUCUCUCCAUUGACGUGGACAACUUCCAAACGAUUGUGGUCUUUAGACUCCAAACUGCUGUUUGCAGCUAAGUAGUACACUCCAUUUUGACACCAUUGCUUUCAAGGUGUGAGGAAUCCACAGUCAAUUCCUCAAGCAUAUUCUUUACUAUCAGAGGUGGGUAGUAACGCAUUACAUGUACUCGGUUACAUUUACUUGAGUAACUUUUUGAGAAAAAUGUACGUCUAAACCAGGGGUGUCCAAACUUUUUGCAAAGGGGACCAGAUUUGGUGUGGCAAAAAUGUGGGGGGCCGACCUUGGCUGACGUCCUUUACGUAGAACAAUAUAUUUAAGCAAAUUUUAGCAAGCCGUUCUGUGUGUCACAUUUGCUUUAUUAUAGGGCUGCAGCUAUUGACUAUUUUAGUAGUCGAUUAUUCGAUGGACUAGUUAGUUCGAAUAAUCAUGAAAAAUUAAAACACCUGAGCUGAGCCUCAAACGAUAUAAUUUUUUUUUUAAAAUGAGGAUCUGUGUACAACAAAAGAACAAUUGGCUAACUUGGAUAGAAAAAGUCUGCUAGCUUAAAUGCUAUAAAAUGCUAAUUUUUUUUUUAUUUAUUUAUUUUUUUUUUUACAUUGCUCUUAACAAGUGGUUCAGACACAUAUUCCCACAAAAAACGGCUAAAUAUACCUACAAACUAAAUUAAGAAUGCAUUAAAAAUCAUUUGCUCAAACAAAAGCUUAGCUUAUGUUGGUCUUAACACUUUUUUUUUUUUUUUUUUAAUAAUUUCAACAAUUUUGCAAAUAGCCUUUGUGGCGUUCUCUUUCGACUCUCGGGCUCUUGCGAAAUACUGCUGCUGUGAAAUUAAACUAGCUUCAAGUUGCUUCAAUUUCUCGCUACGUAUCUACCCUGUAGUCUUGUCGUACAUGUCAGCGUGUCUUGUUUGGUAAUAUCGCCUCAUAUUGAACUCUUUAAAAACAGCGACUGUCUCUUUGCAAAUGAGGCAGACACAGUCGUUGCGUAUUUUAGUGACAAAAUAGCCCAGUUUCCACCUAUCCCUGAAGCUCCAACCGUUGCAGCCAACUUUUUUUUUUUUGUUGAUUGUCGACGUUUUAGAAAAUUGGGAGUAAAGGGUCACAUGUGGUAAUGUUGCUUAGAGUGCUGCUCCCCUUUAGUGGGUAAAUGAGGAACAGCAUUUAGUGUGUAAGCUACUUCAUAUGCUUGUAGCAGUACUGCUGACCAAUUUAUUAAGUCUGUGUGCGGGCCAGACGUUAUUGAUUUUAUGACAGAAGCUGGGGGCCGGAUGAAAUCCGACCACGGGCCGCAUUUGGCCCCCGGGCCAGACUUUGGACAUGACUGGUCUAAAUCAUACUUUUUACUUGAGUAGAUUUGUCUAGAAAAAAACACUACUCUUACUCCGCUACUUUGGGCUACACAAGAGUCAUUUACCAUUACAUUUUUUCUCUUUUUUUCUACAUAUUGGAUUUAUUAUUUUUUUGCCAGCUAAGAGUAGCUCUACUAAUUUCACCAAUGAGAUGUCGCAACAAUAAUCACAUGACUACAUUACACCAAUCAAACACAAGCUUGCCAUUCUAUGAUCACGCCAUCCUCUUCAAUCACGUGGCGUCUUUAAGCACCAUAAAAAAUAAAGUAUUUGACAUAGAGCGGAACUAGGAACUAUUUUUAGCCACUAGAGGGCACUCAUGCUCUUUGUACGAAAAAUGCUUAAUUUCUGGGCAUAGACUUCAUAAUAUAUUGACAUGACGGGGCGCAGGGCCGAUCCGUAGGGGGCCUAUUUUCAAAAACUUCAAAUAUUUUCAAAACCAAAGCUGCUACCGACCUAAAACCAACACAGGCACCUACCUUUACCAUAUAUGAGUCUCCAUGAGCAGUCAUUUCCUUGUAAAAUCCAGAUAAUUUUUUGUAUAAAUAUAACACAACUUAAAAUGGCUAUAAAGUUCUCAGAUUUUACACUAAAUACACAAAAAUCACCAAAUGCAGAGAUAAUCAUAUGGCGGAAAAAUCUCAGGUGACUCAAAGUUUCGCUCUGAGACCCACAAUUUGACCAACUUUCAAAUUGUCGAAUAUGCAUGUGUGAUACAUCAUUGGAAAGCUUAAAAUCUCAAUUUUCUGGGGGAAGAAAAAUUUUGAACAGGAGAGCAUUUUUAAAAAAAAAAAAAAUUUUUUUUUUUUUUUUAAACAGCAAAACCCUAACUGGAUGCGAGAGCAGAAUUAAAGACGCCACGAUUUUAACGAGAUAUUAUCGCAUACUUACCUUGUUUCGAUUCAAAAACUCUAUGUAGCAUGUAUCACCGAGUGUCAAGACACGGCUGUGAAUGGCUAGAGCCACAUUUUCGGGGGAUUUUAUGGGUGAAACAUGGUAAUAUAACAAGGGACGCAAUGCAGAAAUCGCAGACAACAAGGAGUGGUUGAGAUUUUCUUUUUCAUAUACAGUGGGGAGAACAAGUAUUUGAUACACAGUCAAUGGGAAAAACCAUUGGCAGUGUAUCAAAUACUUGUUCUCCCCACUGUAGUUACCCUUUUAAAAAAAGUUUUUUCAAUUUUUCUUUGUUUGGAUCGAUUAUCAUCUAACAUAUCGGGGAAAAUGCGACAAUUACAAAAAUACAAUUAAGCGAUAGUUAUGAGGUAGACAUCCGUACUUUUUUACAGACGCCAAAUUUUUCAAUGUGACGUUAUUUGUUUAAAAGUUUAAAAUAUGCGACUGAAUAAUUUUUUUAAGUCGUUUUUUUUUUUUUUUUGAUUACAUAUUAGACAUCAAUUAAUGAUUCUAAGCUAAAAAUGACAGACAUUUUGAAUAAUAAAUAUCACUAUUUUUUAUGGCUAAGUUGAAACAAAAGCGGUUGUGUGACGUCUGUAGACGGGGGUUUUCAGGGUAAAACGGCCAAAUUAAUAAUAGUUCGGGGGCUUAAUGCGCUAUGAAUCUGCUAUGGCAGCAUAUAGCCAUAUUUUUCUAUCAAACACAACAGUUGUUUUGGCUUAAAAUACUGCAGUUUCUUUUUAAGAGGUGUGCAAGAGCAGAAACUGCUUUUUUAGUCUUGUCUGUGUUUUUGCCCAAAAUAGCAACUUAACUUUUUUUCAACAGCUAAUAAGUCAUUCAAUUUUCACAUCAGAAACUUAAUACUUGAAGAAAACAUGCAGAAUCAAUUAUAAAUAAUUUAUAAUUAUAUUAUAAAUAAAUUCUAUAUGCAAUCAAAACUUAUUAUAGAAUAGAAUAGCCCUUUAUUGUCAUUACACAGUUGUAUAGUUAUAUAGUUGUAGUGAAUGAGGCUAGCGGCCGCCUGACGUAAACAGAGCUAUUCUAGUGAAAAUUCUUGUGAAUAAAUGCUUAAACCCCAAAAUUCUUCAUAGAUAUGGACAUCAAACAGUCUUGAUUCUUGGUUAAAAGCAAAGAAACAGUGCAGUUAGCGUUUAUUUUACGUAAAUAUGUCGAAGUACAAUGCUACUCUGUUAGUGAAUGAGGCUAGCGGCCGCCUGACGUAAACAGAGCUUUUCUUGUGAAAAUUCAUGUGACUAAAUGUUUGAUCCCAGAAUUUUUCAUAGAUAUGGACGUAAAUCAGUCUUGAUUUUUGAUCAAAAGCAAAGAAACUGUGCAGUUAGUGUUUAUUUUACGUAAAUAUGUCGAAGUACAAUGCUACUCUAUUAGCGAAAUAGGCUAGCGGCCGCCUGAUGUAAAUAGAGCUUUUCUUGUGAACAUUCAUGUGACUAAAUGUUUGAUCCCAAAAUUUUUCAUAGAUAUGGACGUAAAACAGUUUUGAUUUUUGGUCAAAAGAAACUUUGCAGUUAGUGUUUAUUUUACGUAAAUAUGUUGAAGUACAAUGCUACUCUAUUAGCGAAUGAGGCUAGCGGCCGCCUGACGUAAACAGAGCUUUUCUGAUGAAAAUUCUUGUGAAUAAAUGCUUAAAUCCCCAAAUUCUUCAUAUGGACGUAAAACUGUCUCGAUUCUUGGGUAAACGCAAAAACAAAAAAAUUGCGCAGUUAGCCUUUAUUUUACUUAAAUAUGGCAAACUAUGAUGCCAAUGCAGCAGUGGCUGAUUUCUCCCAUUGAUUUUUUUCCACAAUGUUUAAAAACGCAUGCAUGGUACGAAAAAAAUAAUAAUUACCUUGAAUCCUGGAACAAAUCACUCCUGAGACAAUCCUUCCUGUUUGUAUGCGGUACAGCUUUCGUACUUCUUCAAAAUCCAAGCUUAAAUCCGGCAUGAGCAUGUGCGUUCUUGGAAUGACUAUUACUAACCCUUUAAUCCCAGCAAUAUGAAGCAAUCAUCAGAGAAUUCCAAAAUUUGAAAAAUACGGUCCUCAUGAAACCUUUUUUUUUUUUUUUCAAAUUUGUAAAAAGAAAGUCAAAAUGAAUAUGUGUAAUAAGCGCUCAGAUAUCUAUAACUAGGGUGGUUCCGAUCGUGUUUUUUUGCUCCCGAUCCGAUCCCAAUCGUUUUAGUUUGAGUAUCAGCCGAUCCCGAUAUUUCCCGAUCCGAUUGCUUUUUUUUGCUCCCGAUUCAAUUCCAAUCAUUCCCGAUAAUUUUUCCCGAUCAUAUACAUUUUGGCAAUGCAUUAAGAAAAAAAUGAGUAAAACUCGGACGAAUAUAUAUAUUCAACAUACAGUACAUAAGUACUGUAUUUGUUUAUUAUGACAAUAAAUCCUCAAGAUGGCAUUUACAUUAUUAACAUUCUUUCUGUAAGAGGGAUCCACGGAUAGAAAGACUUAUAAUUCUUAAAGGAUAAAUGUGACUUUUUAUAUUGUGACUAAAUAUUGUCAUCUAGUGUAUUUGUUGAGCUUUCAGUAAAUGAUACUGUAGCCAUUUAACUUCUGCCCAAAUGCAUGACUGUGCGUCGUGGUACCAAUUGAUAUAUCUUCUCUGCGUUGGGAAAUAACAUAGGGUGUUAAGAAAAAGAUUAACUAUUACCUUGCUUCUCCACCUAGCUUCCCACGAUUAUUCCAGUCGGUGGGAGAGGGAUUGUAAGGCUUUAGCCAUCAAAAAAAAAAAGGCUCCAAAGGCUGCUAAAAUUCACUCUACUCAUUUUACACUGCCUUUUAGCUCUAUAUACUGUAUGGGUAAAACGCCACCAUUAUAGAUUGAGCGCGACAAUGCGUGAGUGGGUCGUGCAGCGCAUGCGUUAAUUGCGUUAAAUAUUGUAACGUGAUAAAUGUAAAAAAUAUUAAUUCUCGCCGUUAACGCGAUAAAUUAGAUAACCCUACCUUAAGCUUAAAUUAAAGACUCUGGAAGAGUGUAACACAUUAUGUCUGUAACGUUAAAUACAAUUAGAAAAUGAUUUAAUUAAUAUAUAUAUUAGGGCUGUCAAAAUUAUCGCGUUAACGGGCGUUAAUUAAUUUUUUAAAUUAAUCAUGUUGAAAUAUUUGACGCAAUUAACGCAGAUGCCCCGCUCAGAGAGAUUCAAAUGACAGUACACAGUGAAACGCUCACUUGUUGUGUUUUAUGGAGUUUUGCCGCCCUCUGCUGGCGCUUGGGUGCGACUGAUUUUAUAGGCUUCAGCAUCCAUGAGCAUUGUGUAAGUAAUUAUUGACAUCAACAAUGGCGGGCUACUAGUUUAUUUUUUUGAUUGAAAAUUUUACAAAUUUUAUUAAAACGAAAACAUUAAGAGGGGUUUUAAUAUAAAAUUUCUCUAACUUGUACUAACAUUUUUCUUUUAAGAACUACAAGUCUUUCUAUCCAUGGAUCGCUUUAACAGAAUGUUAAUAAUGUUAAUGCUAUCUUGUUGAUUUAUUGUUAUAAUAAACAAAUAGUCCUUAUGUACCGUAUGUUGAAUGUAUAGAUCAAUCUUGUGUCUUAUCUUUCCAUUCCAACAAUAAUUUACAGAAAAAUAUGGCAUAUUUUAUAGAUGGUUUGAAUUUCGAUUAAUUACGAUUAAUUUUUAAGCUGUAAUUAACUCGAUUAAAAAUUUUAAUUGUUUGACAGCCCUAAUAUAUAUAUAUAUAUAUAUAUAUAUAUAUAUAUAUAUAUAUAUAUGUAUAUAUGUAUAUAUAUAAGGUAUGUCCGAUAUUUUUUUGCUGAUUCCGAUACUUUGAAAAUGACGUGAUCGGGCCCGAUCGAUCGGGACAUCUCUAUCUAUAACCCUUGCUAAAUCCUGUUUGUUUUUUUCAUGGAACCUGCAGAUGCAUGUGUUGAGUUGCAUCCAUUUAAAAAAAAAUUGUUUUUUAAUGUCAAAAUUCUGAAUUAGUCUCAAAAUCGUGAAAUUUUAGGUGUAUCAAAUGUGAUACAUUUGGCAAUAUAGGGCUAAAUGAAGCUCAGCCCCCCCCAUGGUAAGGCGUGACGCAAAGAAUGACGCAGUGUCAGGUCAAUACAGUUUUGAAGUCUAUGUUCUGGGUUUUAUUUCGCUUAAUGUAAUGGGUUAUUGUACAGUAUCAUUAUAACAACAGUUCAUAUAGAUAACCUUGUGCUGGGAAAAAAAUCAAACAUCGUAAGCAGUUCCUCAAAAUGUUAUUAAUUACUUGAGUUUUCUUUUCACCAAAUCAUUUUUACUUGAGUACAUUUUUUGGGAUGACUUACUUUCACUUGAGUAAUAUUAUUUUAAAGUAACGCUACUCCUACAUGAGUAAAUUUUUUGGCUACUCUACCCACCUCUGUUUACUGUCCAUUAACUGAAAAAUGUGGCACUCAGCAAGAACCGUAACAAUUUGGGAGACAAAACAACUUUUUAUUAAUUUUUGUUCUUCGAAUCUUUCUAUGCAAACUUCUGACACGGGACACUCUCUUUAGACUGACAAGACACUUGUAUUUUUAUUUUUAUUUUUAUUUUUAUUUUUUAUUUUUUGAGAUACUCAUAGGUAGGAGUAAUAUUAGAUGAUGCCCUCCCCCUUUGAUACCAAACACCUGUAAAUAUGUAACACUGUAUUUAAGUAUUGAUCAUAAUAAUAUUACCUGGCUUGAUUUGUCUUUGAGGGUGUCUACUUAAAGAUAGAGCUGUAUUUAUCGUGGCUUGUCAACAUUAUCUACGGUAGCUUCUAUUGACAGCAUACUUUUGUACAUAGGUCCACCUUUUGUAGUAUUAUUUCACAUUGAAAAGUAGAGGGCAUUUGCAGUGGGUCGGGGGAAAAACUAAACAAAACGGCUAUUGAGCUUCUAAUAAAAAGAUAUUGCUAGUUUUGUACGGUAGACGGAAGAAUAGCGCUAACACGGUACAGGAGUAGCACUCCAUUUACUUUGGAAAUUUUGUAUAUGAAUAUAAAUAUAUAAAUACAUGAAUUUAAGGCUGCUAGAUACAAUCACUAAUUUUAUUGUGCUGUCAGAGAAAAUUAGCUAUGAAUGACUGUUAAACCCUAAUUCUCCAACAGCAUUAAGCUUUUUUUUUUGUUUUGUUUUUUGAAAGUGUGUGUGUGUAUGUAUAUAUGUGUGGGAAUUAGUGUGUGUGUGUGUGUGUGUGUGUGUGUGUGUGUGUGUGUGUGUGUGUGUGUGUGUGUGUGUGUGUGUGUCUUUCCUGUUGUGGAGGUAAACCAAAAUUAGAUGAAGCUGAUUAAAAACUUGCUGGCUGACAAAAUGUAGGAUGUGCAUUUAUAUCUCUGUGAAUAUAUAUAUGUGUAUGUGUGUACAGUGAAAAAAGUAUUUGAACACCCUGCUAUUUUGCAAGUUCUUCCACUUAGAAAUCAUGAAGGGGUCUGAAAUUUUCAUGGCAAGUGCAUGUGCACUGUGAGACAGAUAAUCUAAAAAGAAAAAUCCAGAAAUCAAAAUGUAUGAUUUUUUCAAAACCAAUUUAUUUGUUUGAUACAGCCUGAAAUAAGUAUUUGAACACCUGAGAAAAAAAAUUAAUAUUUGGUACUAGGGUUGUUCCGAUCAUGUUUUUUUGCUCCCGAUCCGAUCUCGAUAGUUUUGGUUUGAGUAUCUGCCGAUCCCGAUAUUUCCCGAUCAGAUUGCUUUUUUUUGCUCCCGAUUCAAUUCCAAUCAUUCCCGAUAACUUUUCCCGAUCAUAUAGAUUUUGGCAAUGCAUUAAGAAAAAAAUGAAUAAAACUCGGACAGAUAUAUACAUUCAACAUACAGUACAUAAGUACUGUAUUUGUUUAUUAUGACAAUAAAUCCUCAAGAUGACAUUUACAUUCUUAACAUUCUUUCUGUGAGAGCGAUCCACGGAUGGUAAGACUUAUGACUUUGUAUAUUGUGACUAAAUAUUGCCAUCUAGUGUAUUUGUUGAGCUUUCAGUAAAUGAUACUGUAGCCAUGCCCAAAUGCAUGCUGGGAAGUGGAACCAUGACUGUGCGUAGUGCUACCAAUUGAUAUAUCUUCUCUGCGUUGGGAAAUAACAUAAGGUGUUAAGAAAAAGAUCAAUUGCUACUUUGCUUCCCCACAUUGCUUCCCAUGAUAUUUCUAAUCCUAGGGAGAGGGGUUAUAAGGCUUUAGCCAGUUAAAAAAGGCUCCAAAGGCUGCCAAAAUUCACUCUACUCAUUUUACGCUGUCUUUUAUCUCUCUAUAUAGGUAAGACGGUGCCGUUACAGAUUGAGCGCGACAAUGCGUGGGUGGGUCGUGCAGCGCAUGCAUUAAUUGCGUUAAAUAUUUUUACGUGAUACAUUUUUUUAAAAAAAUAAUUACCGCCGUUAUCGGGAUAAAUUUGAUAACCCUACCUUAAGCCUAAACUAAAGACUCUGGAUGAGUGUAACAUAUUAUGUUUGUAACGUUAAAUGCAAUUAGAAAACGAUAUAAUUAAGAAAUAUAUAUAUAUUUAAAAAAGGCAUGGCCGAUAUUUUUUUGCCAAUUCCGAUACUUUGAAAAUGACGUGAUCGGACCCGAUCGAUCGGGACAUCUCUAUUUGGUACAUUUGCCUUUUUUGCAUUUACUGUACAGAGGUCAAAUGUUUGAGCUCUCUCCAAAGAUUUUCUAUUGGGUUUAGGUCUGGAGAUCGGCUAGGCCAUGCUAGAACCUUGUUAUGCUUUUACAGAGCCCCUCCUUGGUUUUCCUGGCUGGGUCUUCGGGUCAUUGUCAUGUUGGAAGACCCAGGCACGACCCAUCUUCAAUGCUUUUACUGAAGGAAGGAGAUUGUUCCCCAAAAUCUCACAAUACAGGGCCCCAGUCAUCUUCUAUUUGAUACAGUGCACUCGUCCUUGUCCCAUGCGCAGAAAAUCACCCCCAAAGCAUGAUGCUACCACCCCCAUGCUUCACAGUAGGGAUGGUGUUCUUGGGAUAGUACUCAUCUUUCUUCUUCCUCCAAACAUAAAGUUCUAUUUUCCUCUCAUCGGACCACAAAACUUGCCUCCAUGAGUCAUGACUCCUCUGCAUCAUCCAAAUGGUCAGGCAAAUUUAAGACGGCCUUGACAUGUGCUGGUUUAAGCAGGGGAACCUUCCGUGCCAUGCAUGAUUUCAAACCAUGACGUCUUCGUGUAUUACCAACAGUAACCUUGGAAACUGUGGUCCCAGCUCUUUUCACCUCAUUGACCAACUCAGGUCGUGUAGUUCUGGGCUGAUUCUCCCCCUUUCUUAAGAUCAUUGAGGCCCCACGAGGUGAUAUCUUACAUAGGGCUCCACUCUGAGAUUGACCGUCAUGUUUAGCUUCUUCCAUUUUUUUUAAUGAUUGCUCCAUCAGUGGACCCUUUUUAACCAAGCUGCUUGGCAAUGGCGUACCACAAGCAACACAUCACUUCUGCUCAUUAAUAUUGAUGACGUUAGCAACUCCUGCUAAGGUGGGGGACGCGCUUCCGUUUGUUCCCAAUAGUAAAUGAAUGGAAAUAGUGUACAAAGGAGAUGUUUACAGAGCUAAACCUACUAAUUCUGUCUGAAAAUGAUGUCCCUGGUGCCAAAUUCACUGGUAAAGAUGUGGAAGAACGUACAAACGUUCAGUUAAAGAGAUUGCUUGAGUGUCGAGGGCUGAAAAGGACCGACCUAAGCCUAGCCUUAGCCUCUUUUAUUGACACCUUUUUCUUACGCCACUGACAAUGACAUUCUCCUGUUUCAAUAAUCUAUCCUUUACCACCAUAUGCCCUGUCUUUCGUAUAUAUUAUAUCCUCUGGUUGUCUUACGUCUCUGACCGUUCUUUCGGGCAAUUUACAUUGCUAUUUUUGUGUAGCGAUCGCAAAUGCUUCUCGCUGACAACCAAGGAACACUUUUAAUGUUUUCAUUAAAAACAAAUUUUAAUUCUACAAUUUAUUUACGCUUCCAUCUUACUAAAGUUGUUUUUUUUUUUACAACAGAAAAGGUAACAGUGGCAGUCAGAUACCAUUUUAAUUUUUUCAGGUCACUCAUUGUCAGAAAGAAGCAGCAUGCCGUAACGCCAUUCUAAAAAAUAAAUAAAAAAAUAUCAAAAUGGCUUACCUCUACAUCCUCUGAAGGGCCAUGCCCCCCAACAAAAUGUUUACUGCAUAUGAAAUGUGAAUGGCUUCACCUCGCUGGCAUUAAACUGGUCUUUUGGACGUCCGCGCAUGUUGAUCCAUUCUACACAUUUUUUUCCUCCGAGUUUUUGGUUUCGGUUUGUCUUAAUGUUGUAAAAAUCUAGUCGUUUCUACAAGUUCCAUAGCAGCCGUGCUUGAUCGGCAUGUUCGUUUUUGAAAGAUUACCGGAGAAAACUAGCAGAAAAAUCCCACUAUAAUGUUCAACUUCCACUUUACGAUGCGACGUCACGGUCUAAAAAUAGCAUUUAUGUGAUACGCUAUUGCUUUGUAGCCCUUUCUAGCCUUGUGGGGGUGGACAAUUUUGUCUCGUGUCUUUGGACAGCUCUUUGGUCUUGAUCAUGUAACAAGUUUGAGUCUUACUGAUUGUAUGGGGUGGACAGGUGUUUUUAUGCUGUUAUCGACCUCAAACGGGUGCAUUAAUUCAGGAUGAUACAUGGAGUGGAGGUGGACUUUUAAUAGGCGGACUAACAAGUCUUUCAGGGUCAGAAUUCUGGUGUUCAAAUACUUAUUUGCAACUGAAUCACACAAGUAAAUUGUUAAAAAAUCAUGCAUUGGGAUUUACAGAUUUUUCUUUUUAGAUUCUCUCACAGUGGACAUGCAUGUACGAUUAAAAUUUCAGACUCCUCCAAUAUUUCUAAGUGGGAGAACUUGCAAAAUAGCAGGGUGUUCAAAUACUGUACGUAUUUUCUUCACUGUAUAUUUAUACAUAGAUACAUACAUAGGGGCUGCAACUAACAAUUAGUUUAAUAAUUUUUUUUUUUUUUGCGGGAAGAAUUUUUAUGUCCAUUAUUUGAAAUUGACAGUGCAGAAAAUACACAAAUUGAUUCUGAUCGAGUUACUGUUUAGGCAAAAAUGUUGAAUUAUUUUUAAAAGUGAAAACAUGUUUUCGAUUGUCUCAUUUUGAUUAAAGAUAAUCCGUUCGUUUUAAUAGAACUACAGAAAUCUCGGAAUAUUUCUUGUAGAAAUGUGGAGUAUCUGAGGACAUUUUGAAGAAAGAAAAUGUCUAAACGAUUAGUCAAUUGUCAAACUCGUUGCACCUCUAAUAUAUAUUUAUAUAUACAUAAAGAAACGAAAAACAAAAACUAACAUCAUUUGCAUUAACCAGCUCAGUGCAACGUCCUUUCAUGAACGGUAUUAUAUUAUGCAACAUACGUGUGCCCGCUUUAAGAUACGGUAUAUGUAUUAUGUACAUAUACACAUACAAACACGUAUACACCUUUAGUUUUAACCACUUUUGCUGCUAGUCUUUUCUUUCAAUCCUGGAAAAAAAAAAAUUGUGCAUUACAGUGAAAUUCAUACAAAUGUACAUUGUUGAAAUUGUGUAGAAUUAUAUCUCAUAUAUAGCGUUAUAGAUACAUCUAUAGAAAUAUAGAUGCUCUAUAUAUACAUACAUGUAUAUAUUUAUACACAUGUAUAUAUCCACACAUAUAUUUAUGUGUACUUGUAUGUGUGUGUGUGUGUAUGUAUAUACAGUAUAUACUGUAUAUAUGUAUGUAAAUAUACACACACACUUACACUAUACAGGCACACACACACACACCGUUUUCCUUUCAGUGCAUUUUUUAAGGCGUUAACAGUUUACUUCUACCUUUUCACAUCAGUUUUUGGGAGUGUUUUUGUUCAGGUUCUCCAACAAGGCUUUGGUGCACUGAUACUACUCGAUGUAUGCUUUUUUUGACAUCUUACAGCGCUUGGUGUAACAUUUAUGUGAUUAGUUCUGAAAUAGUGGAAGACAUUUUUGUAUUUUUUGGAAUAAAAAAACUUGCAGUAUAAAUGGUACUAUUAACUAUUCUGUAAACACUGCCUGUUUGGUUUUUUUCCCCCUAUUCCCCUUCUUGUGCAUAUAUUUUUUUGUUAAUUUAAGUUUCUUAGUGCCAUCCUGACGACCUCAAAAACAACAAUGAUGACAAAAGAAGUGCCUCAUGUCCAGUUUAGUCUCCAUAAGUUUAACAACUCUCUGUUCUGGUUCUUUCAGUUUGCUAUUAUUUUGUGCGUUUGAGAAUACCAAGUAUAUGAUGUAAAAUUGAUAGUCCCGAUAACUCCUAUGGCAUAGUUGUAUUUUCUUUAUACAGAUGUAGCUUGUUACUUUUCAUAAAUGUAUAAUGUAAAUAUGCAUACAUAUGUUUGUAACUGUUUUUAUGUUACAUCAUACACUUGUAAUUUGACAUAUCAAAUAACAUUAUCAUAAUAAAA